AUCCCCGCCCAGGCGCAAAGAACCUCGACGACAUGGACCGCGGAAGAUGACGAGACCCUAAUGGCUGCACGGGCAUCGGGCCUCAACUGGCAGCCGAUCGCCAGCAAGUAUUUCCCCAGCAAGACCGCGAACGCGUGUCGAAAGCGGCACGAGCGGUUAAUGGAACGACGGAACGCCGAGGACUGGGACGGCAUCAAGUGGGAGACCCUCGCGCGGGAAUACAUGCUGGUGCGAAGGGAUAUGUGGACCAUGUUGAGUGACCGACUCGGGGAGAAAAGCUGGCAGAUGAUCGAAGCUAAGUGCAUGGAAAAAGGACUCAAAAACAUCCAAGCCGCCCAUCGCUCCAACCAACGCAAGGAGCGA